AUGAUGGAAUGGGCGACCGAUUCAGACAUGGUCCCCGGAGGGCAGAUGGAGCCGCCCGAGGAUGGGGAGGCUGGAGACUGGAGACCGGAGACGCGCUGGGUGGACAAUUGGACCGAUCAGGGAACAGCAAGCGGAGAAAGAGAGAAUAGCAUCGCAGAAGAUGGCGAACAUCUUGCGCUACCGACGGAUAGGUUGUUCCAGAGUCCACGCGAUCACCGGGUUUCCCAACAGGACUCGGACUCCGGGGUAUUUGAAGUACAAGUCACCUUGACACUCACAACUCUUCUGGAUCACGCGAUCUCCAUUAAGCUGGGGGCCAUGGCCCCCAGCUGCAGAUUCCUCGGCGUGGAGGCUGAUAAGGCCCGGACGCAUCCAACCCGAUGGAAGUCUGUUUUCAACACCGAUUCCAUCUAUCAUCGCCCAAGAACGAAAAAGAAAACAAAAAUCCAUCAUAUCACUCCCCGACUCCCCGAUGCAAAGCAGCCUCUUUGGACCCUCGACCUCCCAGACCAGAGAAAGAUCACCCGUCGGGCUCCUCCCGCUGCGCAGGUGUGUCCCAUGGCUCAUGAUAAGAAAUAA